GCCCUUUUGUGAAGUCAAUAGUAUAAGAUAUAUGUGUUUGGGAAGAACAGAUACUGCAAAAUUCUUGACUCCAUCUUUCUGUCACCUAGCAAAGAUGCUAUUCCUCGCUUCUCUUAAUUAUUAAUUUAUGAAGUUUAGUUUUAUUUUUUUGUUUAUCCAAAUGAGUGUCGCAUCGCAUUAAUAGCAAUUUUAUUGAAGUGAUAUCCCCAGAACAAUAAAUUACGGUAUCAUCUUGGUCUGAACGGAGUAUUUUGUGAAACAGAGAUGUGGGUUCAUUGUAAGACAUGAUGAGCUUCCAGGGUUUUGAUCUCCUCCACUUAUGGCGGUGGAGAAUUCUUGGUAUUCUUCUUCUGCUUGGGGCUCGGGUUCUCGGGCUCAACAAUGACGGGCUGCUCUUGAUGUCUUUCAAGUACAGUGUUCUGAGCGAUCCGUUUGGAGUUCUGCAGGGCUGGAAUUACAAUGAUGAGACGCCGUGUUCGUGGAACGGAGUCACCUGCGGGACUCCGGGCUCCGACGACGCUUAUUUUCGCGUCACGGGGCUGUCUCUUCCUGAUUCCGGGCUUCUGGGUUCAGUCCCUGCAACUCUUGGCAUGAUUGAGCAUCUCAGGAGCCUUAACCUUUCCAACAAUUCCAUUAAUGGUUCCAUUCCUCCCUCGCUAUUUAAUGCUUCGAAGCUUCAAGUUCUUGAUUUUUCAAACAACUUGAUCUCCGGAGGCCUGCCGGAGCUUGUAGGGAACUUGAAAAAUCUUCAGGUUCUUAAUCUUUCAGACAAUGCCCUGGCGGGGAACCUGCCUGGAAAUUUGACCACCCUUCAGAAUUUAACAGCCGUUUCUUUGAAGAGUAAUUACUUCUUCGGUUCACUUCCUGGUGGGUUCAAUUCAGUUCGAGUUUUAGAUCUGUCUUCCAAUUUGAUGAACGGGUCAUUGCCGCCAGAUUUCGGCGGCGGUAAUCUAGCCUACUUGAACGUCUCCUUCAACAGACUCUCUGGAGAAAUCCCACCGGAAUUUGCUGCGAAAAUCCCGGCAAAUGCAACCGUAGAUCUUGCAUUCAACAACCUGACAGGUCCAAUUCCCGACUCUAAUCUCUUCUUCAACCAGGCAACCAAAUCCUACUCCGGCAACACCGAGUUAUGCGGCAAACCACUGAAAAACCUGUGUCCAAUUCCAUCUUCAAUCGCAACUCUACCCAACGCUUCAGUACAAGAAUCUCCACCAGCAAUCGCCGCCAUACCAAAAACCAUAGAUUCCAACCCCGCGACCGCAGGAAACCCGCCUCAAGUAAAAAGAACCGGGCUGAGGACUGGAACAAUUCUGGGAAUCGUCAUCGGGGACGUCGCAGGAGUCGCAGUCCUGGUACUGCUUUUCGUGUACGUUUACCACCUGAAGAAAAGGAAAACCUUAAACAACGCUGUCAGAAAGCAAGCAGAAAGCGCGAAAGACUUCGACUGGGCCUCGUCCGCAGCAUCCUCGGAAGAAUACAACUGGCUGAGAAGCUGGACCUGUUUAAAGAAACAAAGACACGCCGCCGACGACGACGGCGGAGAAAGCACCUCGGACUCCACGAGCUCCGAGAGCGAAGACACUGAAAUUUCGCACAAGAAUCAGGAAAUGCGGCAGAAAAACGGGGCCCUCGUAACGGUUGACGGGGAAAAACAACUUGAAUUGGAGACGUUGCUCAAGGCCUCAGCCUACAUCCUGGGUGCGUCCGGGUCCAGCAUAAUGUACAAGGCCGUGCUCGACGAUGGAACCACACUGGCUGUCCGGCGGAUCGGGGAGAACGGGGUGGAGAGGUUCAGAGAUUUCGAGAAUCAGGUUCGAGUCAUAGCCAAAUUGGUGCACCCGAAUCUAGUCCGGAUCCGAGGCUUCUACUGGGGCACUGACGAGAAGCUGAUCAUCUAUGAUUUCGUUCCCAAUGGCAGCCUCGCCAACGCUCGUUACAGGAAAGCUGGCUCUUCACCUUGUCAUUUACCUUGGGAAAUGCGGCUCAAGAUAGCAAAAGGUGUGGCCCGUGGGCUGUGUUACAUCCACGAAAAGAGGCACGUGCAUGGUAACUUGAAGCCCAGUAACAUUCUGUUAGGCCCAGACAUGGAACCCAAGAUAGGGGACUUUGGACUUGAGAGGCUCGUGGCCGGCGAUAACAGUUCCAAAGCUGGUGGAUCGGCCCGUAAUUUUGGAAGUAAGAGAUCAACGGCCUCCCGCGACAGCUUCCAAGAUUACUCUAUCGGCCCUACUCCAAGCCCAAGCCCAAGUAUAAUUGGCGUGUCGCCUUAUCACGCACCAGAGUCUCUCCGAAGCCUCAAACCCAACCCAAAGUGGGAUGUGUUCUCGUUCGGUGUCGUGUUGCUUGAGUUGUUGACUGGGAAAGUUAUCGUAUCGGACGAGACGGGCCCCGCAUUGGCCAUCGGAGCAUCCAUGUCAGCAGACGAAGACAAGGGCAAAAUCUUGAGGAUGGCUGACAUGGCGAUCCGGGCUGACGUUGAGGGAAAAGAGGAAGCCUUAUUGGCACUAUUGAGAUUAGGGUAUGGUUGCAUUUCUGCAGUGCCACAAAAGAGACCAUCUAUAAAAGAGGUCCUUCAAGCACUUGAAAGGUUUCCAUCUUCUUCAUUUUCUUCAUCAUACUAUUAUGGGCACUAGCGGGUGAUGAUGAAUGGACCCAACUGUAGACAUGUACGUAUGUGUUGUUGACUGACAUGUUUUUUUAUUUGUCUUAGAGAUUAUUGAUUGUAAUGAUGACCAAUAGGGUUUGAUUUCAAUAGUACUAAGAUUUGUCUGUGUCC